AUGCUCACUCAAAACUUUUUGCUCAUUGCCAUCGCUGCUUCGAUAUUCUGGAGCUGUGUGCAGGGGUUUGACGACCCAGGUUACGGCAAUCUCUUCAGAGUUUUGACCUACCCGACAAAUCUCUGGGAUGAGAACAAGCUGAGAGCGGUCUGGACGGCCAACUGCGGCGCGGUCAACGGAAAGAAAUGGGAGCUCGGCAAAUUCUCACACGACACCACCAUUUAUUGCUAUUGCAAAGCCGCGGAUGGUACGAGCUUGGCUGUGACUGCAGCCAAUGCGACCGACAGUGACACCCAUGCCCUUGGUCUCGGGACAUUCCUAAUAGCCUAUGUGCGCUGA